GUGAGAAACAUCUAAGGCAUCUAAAGAUAUGUUGAACAGCUAUUUAAGCCUGCAUCAAAUUUUGAAAUUCAUUUAAUCGCGUGAGUCUGCCGAAAACACAAUCUAUAUUAAAAUGAAGAUAAUUUUUGUAAGUGCGCUUAUUGUCUGUGGAUGUUUCACAUCUGUUAAAGCAAACGAUGUGUGCCUUAACGAGACAGAAUAUGAUUUUUACAUGUUAGGGAAUCUUGUUAAAGAUGUUGAGAAAAGGAUACAAUCUUUGAGAGAGAACGUCAAAGAAGUGAUAAAAACGAAAUGUCCCGUGACGUCAUGUCCUGACAGCUCAUGCGGUGAUGAAUGGGUUUCCUACAACAACUCUUGCUACUUUUUUGAGGAUAUUAAAACCGCAACAUUUGAAGAAGCAAGGCAAUUCUGCAAGAAAAAGUCUGCUUACCUUUUGUACGUUGAAGACAAUGACGAAAACUCCAUCAUCGUAAAAAUGCUCGGUCGUUUCAAAUCAAACAAUCAUUGGUUGAAUGGAUUAACCGAUCAAAGUACAGAAGGAAAAUGGAAAUGGAUAGACACAAAUGCACCGGCAAGAUUUAUUAAAUGGGCACCAGGUCAGCCACAGGGUCGCACCGUUGAAAAUUGCGUUGGGUUUUUCCUAAGUGAUCGUUAUCAGUGGCAUGACUUAUCAUGUACAAAUAAAUAUUCAUUUAUUUGCAAAAAAGAAAAAUCUCUGUGAAUGUUGAAUGAGUCUACAAACAUUGACGCUGGCUGUUUAUAAAUAUUACAUACAAAUGUACUUUAAAUAGCUAGAGAUGUUAACGUUUAUGUAAUGCUUUUGUAUGCGUGUUUUUAUAUACAUAAUAAAAUUAGUUGCUGAAUAUACUUUUGUUAAGCAGCAUUAUACAAACAUUACCUUUGUUAUACAAUGGACAUUAAAUGUAAUCAAUAUUUAGUGUGGCAUUCUCUUUACUCAAAUUAUGCUAGAUAAUAAAUGCGAAAUCUUAAUUAUUAAAUAAAUUGGAUGAGUCUGAUUUAUGUUUAGAAUUCAUUACAUUUUUGUUGAAAUACGAGCGUUUAAUUUAUUUUGUUGAAAUUGUUAGUGAUUUCUUUAAAUAGAGUUAGUUCGAACGACCACUUGCAAUAUGAUAGUUUAACUUAUUUUUUCUGUUUCUUCUUCAGAUUUCUGUUCACACAGUUUACUUAUCCUGUAUGUGUUGUGUUAUUGCAAUAUGUUUAAGAAAGACUUGAAUAAAAAAAUCUGUAUAAAAUAUU